UGUGGGGGGCGUGGGCCGCGGGAUGCGACGCCCGCUCCGACUGAGCUCCAGCUCCGGUUUUUCCCUCCACCAUGCUCUCCCCCUCCCCGCCUCUCCUUUAACUCCCCCCUCCUGGGCUCGGGACUGGUUUCCUCCCUUAGCCUGCUGCCCUCAAUCCCGGCGAGGCUGGGGCUCCGGCUCGGUGUCCCUUUCCUCGCUGCCUUGCCCGGCACCCCAUGCCGCCCCCGCCCGGUCCUCGGCUCCCCAUGUCCCCCACGUAGCCCGGUGCACAAAUCCCGAGGUGCUGGCGCGUGGGCCGGGGGCGCGUAGGGCGCUUGCAGACGGCCCUGCAAGGGUUCUUGUGGAGCUGAGCGCUCUGGAGCCCGGGCACAGGCACAGCAGAAAAGAGGGUCCUUGUGGGAGCUGGGGGUGAUUAGCCACCCACCAGGGUGACUGGGGCUCCACGGCGUGGUAGCCACCCCUGGGGGGUGAGAGACUUUGGGGGAGUUGGUGCCCCGCCCCCAGGCCUUGGUAGGGUCAUGGGGACCCCCCAUUUUGGGCCAGGGGGUGUGCAAGUCGGGGCCAUACUGCUGCUAGGUUUUGCGGAGCUGGUGUCUGGACUCAGCCUGGAGCCUGUCUACUGGAACUCGGCAAAUAAGAGGUUCCAGGCAGAGGGUGGUUAUGUGCUUUACCCUCAGAUCGGGGACCGGCUAGAUCUACUUUGUCCCCGGGCCCGGCCUCCUGGACCUCACUCCUCUCCCAGUUAUGAGUUCUACAAGCUGUACCUGGUAGGGGGUGCCCAGGGUCGGCGCUGUGAAGCACCCCCUGCCCCAAACCUUCUUCUCACAUGUGACCGGCCAGACCUGGACCUCCGCUUCACCAUCAAGUUCCAGGAAUACAGCCCUAACCUCUGGGGCCACGAGUUCCGAUCUCACCACGAUUACUACAUAAUUGCCACAUCAGAUGGGACCCGGGAAGGCCUGGAGAGCUUGCAGGGAGGUGUGUGCCUCACCCGAGGCAUGAAGGUGCUUCUGCGUGUGGGACAAAGUCCCCGAGGAGGAGCUCUACCCCGAAAACCUGUGUCUGAAAUGCCCAUGGAGAGAGACCGAGGGGCGGCCCACAGCCUGGAGCCCGGGAAGGACAGCCUACCAGGUCUGUUUUCUCCCCUCUUCCCUAGCACCCUCCUCCUCCCAUCUCCUUCACCCUCUUGGCUUCUUGUCCUGUGCCUCUCACGCGCCUCUCACGCGUGUCCUGGGUUGGGGCCUCAAAGCGUCUCUCCCCUCGGCUCUCGGCCCUUCCCAACUUUCCAUAUCAACUGCUCCCCUCAGUCCGCCCAAAGUGAGGGCUUUUGGGGGAAACAUUGUGACUCUGGGCAUGGGUACAGGGCCUCUUUCCCUGCCCUUCUGUGUCCUUACUCCUGCCAUUUGGGGUGGUUGGGUCACAACUACUACCAUGAGAAGAAGUGUCCUGUUAGGUCCAGUGGGGACAUUAUGGCCUUGAUCUGAUGCCUGAUGGGAAGUGAUCAGAUCAGAUGAUCUAAUCAGAUGGGAAGUGACUCGCUCCAGACAAGAAGUGGCCAGGCCUGGACAGAAAUGGCCUGGGAGGUGGCAGAAGGAGCAACAGCAGGAACUGGAAGUGCCUUCAUCCAGGACAGGAAGUCGCCCUCCUGAAAUAGGAAGUGGUCUGGCUGGAAUUCCAAGUGGCUUAGUCUGGGGAGAUGGUGGGGUGGGGGUGGGGGCAUGGAGAGUGGCUGGUUCUUACCCUGUGGAGAAGGGGCAGGAGGGACUUCCUGUUUUAGGAGGAAGCUGGAACUUACCACUGUGAGAGGACAGAUGUGGACUGGGAAUUUUCUAGGUUCUCAGUGGCACUUCCCAGGAUCCCCCUUCCCUUGUGCUCUGUGCGAUUUUUAGGACAGCUAAGAUGACUACCACCUGCUGUGGCAGGCCCAGUUUGUCUUGUUCUCCCCUGACUGUACCCCAGUAUAAUCUCUGUUGGUCAACAGGACCCCCCCUCAAGAACCCACAUGUUCUCCCUAGUGACCAGAUGGCUGUCUUGUUCAUGCCUUUCUCCCUUCAAACCCAACACAGCACCUUCUUAGUGACCAAGAGGUGGUCUAGCGACUGGUCUAGCUGUUGGCAGUUAUUAGCACUGGUUGCUAUUUCCAUAGUGACAAGCCUAUACCUCUUCCUACUCUUUAGUGCACAAUGGGCUGUUGCCUCAGUUUCUUCCCAGCUCAAUUUUAUUAGAUCAAAGCUGCCCUUAGGCACCAAGUUGGCCACCUCAAUCACCAACUGAAAUGGUUGCUUUGUCCACCAGAGGUCAUUUCAUCUCUCUGGUGCUGUAGUUCCUAGCUCCUUCCAGGGAACAGGAAGUUGAUAUUGCCAUGGGGGAGGUGGCGGGGUACGGCCGUCACCUCAAUAGUUUUACUGUAAAAGGGAAAUUUGAA